CGAGAGUCCAUUCUCCCUCCGUAAAUGUAUACCUCCGAUGCCAGCUAGCUGUCAGAUCGGCAGUCGCUAUGAGGGCGAAGCAUCAGCGGCAGGAACAACAACAACAACAACAACAGGACGAGGAGGAGGAGAAGCAGGAAAUGACGAUGAGAUCGACGUGCAACGAGCGAUUUUUAUGACGACGCCGGCAGCUGAAAAUCAAAAAUCGACACGAGAGAGAGAGGGAGAGGAAAAAAAGUGUUGUUACCGUUGCAAAGAGAGAGAGAGAGAGAGAGAGAGGGAAAUAGGCGCCUUAUCUGACAGUUCUGGGCGCCUCUAUCAGAGUCGCCCGAGGCCGGAGCGCUGGUGUUCCGGGAUCUCGAUUUUUUCGCCCUCCCUCCCUCCGCGGCGCUUUUCUAUUCAGUCGAGCCUAACGGAUAAGAGGACGCGAGGAUGACCUGCUGGAAGAUGAAGUCCUGCCUGCCCUGGAGGGAGGAGGAGGAGGCUGUGGACGAUGAUCUCGAGACGGUGGCCGAGCGAAAGCAGCGCUACAACAGCAUCUACGUCAUCUACUUCACGAUGUUUCUCAUGUCCCUGGGAUUCAGCAUCGUCUUGACCGGGAUGUACCCGUACUUGGAGAAGCUAGACAACUCGACGGACAAGGAAUUCAUGGGGUACGUGGUGGCGGCGAAUCCGCUCGGGCAGAUGCUCUUCUCGCCCCUGGUAGGCUGGUGGGCCAACAGGCGCGGCUCGAUACGCUUACCGAUGCUCACGACUUUGGGGCUGUUUAUCCUCGCCUCGGCCGUGUACAGCACAGUUGAGGUCAUUCCUGGGGAGCACAAGCUUCUACUCAUAGUCUCGAGGUUCCUGGUCGGCGUCAGUUCGGCUUGGAAGUGGAGUCGGCACUUAUAA